GAAGAUGCAGCAAACAACUUUGCUCGUGGACAUUAUACGAUCGGGAAAGAGAUCGUUGACUUGGUUCUUGAUCGAAUCCGAAAGCUUGCGGACAAUUGCACCGGUCUUCAAGGAUUCUGCGUCUACAAUGCUUGCGGAGGAGGCACAGGAUCCGGCUUGGGUUGCCUCAUGCUCGAACGUCUCUCGGUGGACUAUGGGAAGAAGAGCAAGAUCUCCUUCACCGUCUGGUGUUGCCCGCAAGUCGCCACGGCUGUUGUAGAGCCCUAUAACACUGUCCUGUGCGUGCACUCACUACUCGAGCACACAGAUGUCACCAUUAUGUACGACAACGAGGCGUUGUACGAUAUUUGCCGCAGGAACUUGGACAUUGAACGCCCCACGUACACCAACCUCAACCGCCUCAUUGCCCAGAUCAUUUCCAGUCUGACGGCAUCUUUGCGGUUUGAUGGAGCUUUGAACGUGGACAUCACUGAGUUCCAGACCAAUCUGGUGCCGUACCCCCGCAUCCACUUCAUGCUGACUUCGUAUGCGCCGGUCAUCUCUGCGGAGAAGGCCUACCACGAGCAGCUGUCGGUGGCUGAGAUCACCAUGUCUGUCUUCGAGCCG